UGGCGCUGGCGCCCGGCGCGGGGUCCCGCACGCUGCCAACCUCCCUGGUCCUUUGUGCCCCUGGUGGAUUCAGUGAAGCCGCAGAAGUGUAGGUAGAAUGUGCGGUAAAGGAGCGGAGAACUUGCACCUGCGAGGGAGAAACAAGGCUGCAGCGAGCGCUAGAGGGCUUCGAGUCUGGUUGUCGUCUUGUGUGCGCAAACGAACUCCUCGGGGCAGGGGAGCCAGGUCCUCCUUAUAGCCUGGAAAAAAUGACAGAUUUCGUCGCUGUUUGGGAUGUUGCUUUGAGUGAUGGAGUGCACAAGAUUGAGUUUGAACAUGGGACCACAACAGGCAAACGAGUAGUGUACAUAGAUGGAAAGGAAGAGAUAAGAAAAGAAUGGAUGUUCAAAUUAGUGGGCAAAGAAACCUUCUAUGUUGGAGCUUCAAAGACAAAAGCAACCAUAAAUAUAGAUGCUAUCAGUGGUUUUGCUUAUGAGUAUACUCUGGAAAUUAAUGGGAAAAGCCUCAAGAAGUAUAUGGAAAAUAGAUCAAAAACUACCAAUACAUGGGUAAUGAACUUGGAUGGUGAGGACUUUAGAGUUGUUUUGGAAAAAGACACUAUGGACGUAUGGUGCAAUGGUAAAAAAAUGGAGACAGCGGGUGAGUUUGUAGAUGAUGGGACUGAAACACAUUUCAGCGUUGGGAACCAUGACUGUUAUAUAAAGGCCGUCAGUAGUGGGAAGCGGAAAGAAGGGAUUAUUCAUACUCUCAUUGUGGACAACAGAGAAAUCCCUGAGAUUCUUAAAUGACUUCAUGUUAAUGAAUUUUCAUCUUAAGAAAUAAAGACCAGAAUUUUUUAAUUACUGUGGUAAUUAAAUGUUCCAACAUGUACUUAUCAGUACAUUUAAUCUACAAUAUUUUUAUUUUUUAAUUAAACUGUCAUAAUCCAAGAAUUAGGAAAAACAAACUAUGUACAACAUAAAAGUUAUAACUUAUUAAAAUACUGUGAAAUAUUUAAAACCCGAAGAAAAUGAUAUGGACCAAAUUCAUUAAUGGUGUACACUAAUGACCUUUACUAUAAUAAAUACU